UUAUGACAGUUGGUCACAGUUUUCUCUCUAGCAGAAAGCAAAAGCAGUCUGAAGGUUUCAAAGUAAUAGGUUAUUAACCUGGAUGUUUUAAAGCGUUUUAAAAGCUGUGCACACCAAUAAAUGCGUAAAGUGGGGAGUGGACUAGAACCAUCGAGUGAGUGAGACCAAGUGACUAUGAACAGUCAGAGCUUCACUCUAGCCGAGAGGCUCAUUCCUGCCACCUACCUGCAACAGGCUGCUGCUAGCAAGAAGUCGAGAGAGAACCUCAUCAGAGUCCUUAUUGAGCAGAGGAAGUGGCCAGAGGAGGGCUGGGACGAUGCCACCAUCGAGCUCUUCCUGGCUGAUCUCGCUCAGAUGGACAGUAAUAACUUCCCCGGCAACUGUGGCAUCGGCGAGAGAGAGGCCCGGUUCGCUUCCUCUCUUGUGGCAAGGAGACACUAUCGAAUGGGCCACGGGAUCGGUCGAUCCGGAGACAUCGGAGAGGUCCAGCCCAAGGCUGCCGGGUCCAGUCUCCUCAUCAAGUUAGCCAAUGCCUUGUUGCUCGACACCAUUCGUUUCAUGGGCGUGAACAACUCGGCUGGGUGUUUCAUGGUGCCCAUGGCUACGGGUAUGUCGCUCGUCCUCUGUAUGCUCACAAUGAAGCAAGAUCGUCCCGGUGCAAAGUUUGUCCUAUGGUCUCGCAUCGAUCAGAAGUCUUGCUUCAAGUGCAUUAUUACUGCAGGGCUCCAGCCAAUAGUAAUAGAGACUGUGGUAUCGGGUGAAGAGCUGCGCACGGACACCACGGCUCUAGAAACCCAGAUGGCCACGUUGGGUUCGGACAACAUCGUCUGCGUUCUAUCGACGACAUCGUGCUUCGCGCCACGCGCUGCUGACAGCUUGGAGCAGGUGGCGGUGCUGUGUUCGCGCUACAACAUCCCCCACCUCGUGAACAAUGCCUACGGACUGCAGAGCACACGGUUGAUGCAUCUCAUUCAGGAGGCGGCCAGGAAAGGAAGGGUAGAUGCGUUCGUACAGAGUACAGACAAGAACUUCCUGGUGCCUGUGGGUGGAGCAGUUAUCUCCGGGUUUGAGAAAGGCCUCUUGGAGAGAAUAGCAAAGAACUAUCCUGGCCGAGCGUCCGCUAGCCCCGCCAUGGAUGUGUUCAUCACUCUGUUGUCUCUGGGGGUCAACGGGUACAAGAACCUCAUCAGCCAACGCAAGGAGAUGUACAAGUACCUCAAGGAGGAGUUGGGGAAAGUGGCGACCAAACACGGCGAGCGUCUACUAGAUACUAAAAACAAUCCUAUUUCUAUUGCCAUGACGCUGACGUCACUAGCCAGUGGUGAUAGCAAGCGAGUUUCCAUGCUCGGGUCAAUGCUGUUCCUACGCUCUGUCUCGGGUACUCGGGUUAUCUCGGGCACAGAACUGAAGGAAGUCGCCGGCUACAAGUUUGAAGGUUGGGGCGCGCACUACUCCAACUACCCGACGCCGUACCUGACUGCGGCAGCUGCACUCGGCAUGCGCAAGUCCGAUGUGGACCUGUUCACCCACCGACUGGACAAGGCUCUGAGCAAGCUGAAGGGACGGUCCGCCCCUCCGACCCCUACCAGUGUGGAGGAGCUGACGGUGAGCGGGCGGCGUAGCGGGGGGCGAGGCACCAUCAACGGCGAGGCCAGCGACUCGGCCGGUACCUCUCUCGCCAGCAGCAAGGACAGUCUGCGCAAGUGAUGAUAGACCCACACCGCCGUUACUUGUUGAAUAAUUUUAUACGAGACCGGUCACGCCAUGUCGUGUGGACGACAAUUUUUCAGUUCCUUUCCGCCGUUCUCAUGUGUGUUUUAGGUGCUUCGACGACGACGCGGCGGUUCGGUCCAUUCGAGCGUGCGACUGUGUGUACCAUUCGGAUAGGGUGUAAUAUUUUGUAGAGAAAUAUUGUGGCUGCAUCCUAAUUUUUCUAUGAUUACACAAAUAGAGAUCAUAAAAUAUAUUGUAUAUUCAAUCAUUUUAUAUAGUUUUACUAUUAAAGCUUACAUCAUUUACAGACUAUAUCUGAAGUCUUGUUUUUUUUCUUAAAAAAAGAAAAUAAUUCAUUUAUUGUGUGAAUAAAAAAUAUACAAACAAAACUCAAUUAAUGAACAAAUAAAAUAAAAUACUUGACCUCAAAUGUAACUAAGCCUGUCUCCUUUUUUGAACUUUGAAAUUAGUUUUUAAUUAAUUACACAACACAUUAUUAUUACCUUAUUCUUUUGUCGAUAAAGUUUUGUUAUCUGAAAGUAUUAUUAUGAUAUGAAUUAAUUUAUACUCAGAUGAAAAAAUAAAUUAUUGUUUGACUUGUAA